CCCGCAGCCCCCGCGACCUAUUUCUUCACCCCUAGGCCCCCACCUCGCCGGCGCAGCCGCCCCAUCCAUCCGUCGUCCACCCGCCAUCGCCGCCCUUGGCACGUGCAGCGCGGAUGCGCUGGUAGAUGAAUGAGGAGUGGCAUCACGCUGCGCACGCGCCAUCAUCAUAAUGGCGGACCACCAGCAGCUGCUCCCGUCGUUGACGUGCAGGUGCAGCAACUGCGCCACCGAGCGCGCCGUCGUCUUCUGCUUGGCCGACGGCGCCAGGCUCUGCCUCGAGUGCGACGGCGCCGUGCACGGCGCCAGCGACCUCGCGGGCCUCCACUCGCGCGCCCCGCUCUGCGACGCCUGCUGCGCCGCGCCCGCCGCGCUCCGCUGCCAAACCGGCGCCCACCGUGCCACGCUCUGCGCCGGCUGCGCCGACGGCCGCGGCGGCGCCUCCCUCGUGGAGGUUUACACCGGCUGCCCCGCGCCCGCCGAGGUCCUCCGCACCCUCUCCGUCGACGCGCCGUCAUCGUCGCAGGAGGACUUCGACGCCUGGCUCGCCCACAACCUCCCCCAAAUCCUACAGGAUGUUCAGGUACAACAUCUACUGGGUUUAUUUCCAAAUUUCACUUCUUUUUUGCGCCAGUAUGUGCAAUUGAGGGAGACUUUUCUUGAUGAUCUUGUUUCUUGUGUGCCAAAUCUUACAUGGACAGUUUGGCACUACUACCUACAUUGUAUUGUAACAAAAGAAAGUGGGGACUGUGCUAUCUGUGAUGUAAAAAAGGAAGAUUUCUUUCCUGAUACAUUACUCAUUGUGUUAAUUUGUGGUGCUCUCACUACAUUCAUGGAGGAUGGAUCUCAGAUCUACGAUGCGAGUGGCACAACAACAAUAGUAGGAGAUCAAAGAGGCCCCAGCAGCAGUAGCUUCGUCUGUGAUGAUUGGAACAAUGGCUGCUCAACUACCUGUGCUCCACAAUGUUCUGUGCUUGAGAAUACUAAUGGAGUACUUGUUGGUCAUCACUUAGCUGGGCCUUCACUCACUUUUGAGCAACAGCAGCAGCUGCCACCGUCAAUCUGCCACAUCUCAUCAUCUUACAACCCAUCAACAUUAUCGUGCCAGCCGACCAUGACAUCGACUACUCUUCUGCAAUCCAUGGGCAACGAUCAUCAUCCAUCGCUGCUCCUUGAUGACUUCCCUACUUUCUACCCUGCCUUGCCCCUAAUAUCGCCGCCGCCACCACCGGAGAAUGGCACUGGCUGUCAUGAUGCCAACCAGCCAUCACAGAUGCUGACCGCAGAUGAGCAAGCAGCGGUGGCUCAUCAUCAGCAAGAUCCGAGCACCGUUAGUAAGAAGAGAGAGGAAAGGGACAGGGCCAAGCAAAGGUACAACGAGAAGAAGAAGAACAGGAAGUAA